CGCUAAAGUGGCCUAUUUGCGCGCGGCCUCUAUAAUCGUUGUGCGACGUGACGGACAGUCGCGCGGCGCGCGCCGGUGAGUGAUCACGCGUGGACGGCUCGCGGACACGCACCGUGGGGGAGAUGAAGCUGCUCGCGGCUCUUUUGAAGCAGGUCUCAUCCAAAGUGGAGUUUUACUCGCGCUUCUCGCCCUCGCCGCUCUCCAUCAAGCAGUUCCUGGACUUCGGGAGGGAGAAUGCAUGUGAGAAGACUUCCUACAUGUUCCUGCGCAAAGAGCUGGCCGUGCGCCUGGCCAACACCAUGCGGGAGGUCAACCUGCUGCCGGACAACCUUCUCUGCCAGCCUUCCGUCAAGCUGGUCCAGAAAUGGUACAUGCAGAGCUUCCUCGAGCUGCUGGAGUAUGAGAACAGGGCUGCAGAGGAUCCCCGUAAUCUAAAUGAUUUCCUGGAUGUCCUGAUUGACAUCAGGAACCGGCACAACGAUGUGGUGCCCACCAUGGCUCAAGGGGUCAUUGAGUACAAGGAGCAGUUCGGCUUCGACCCGUUCAUCAGCUCCAACAUCCAGUACUUCCUGGACCGCUUCUACACUAGCCGGAUCUCCUUCCGCAUGCUCAUCAAUCAGCACACCCUCUUGUUUGGCAACAACACCAACCCCGCUCACCCGAAACACAUCGGCAGCAUCGACCCUGCCUGCAACAUGGCAGAGGUGGUGACAGAUGCUUACGAAACGGCCAAGAUGUUGUGUGAGCAGUACUACGAGAGAGCCCCAGAGCUGCACAUUGAGGAGUUCAAUGCAAAGGCUCCCAACAAACCCAUCCAGGUGGUGUAUGUGCCCUCCCACCUGUUCCACAUGCUCUUUGAGCUCUUCAAGAACUCCAUGCGUGCCACAGUGGAGCUCUAUGCCAACAGCUCAGAAGAUCUCCCCCCCGUGCAGGCGCUAGUGACCCUGGGCAAAGAGGACCUCUCCAUAAAGAUCAGUGACAGGGGUGGUGGUGUACCCCUGAGGAAGAUCGACAGGCUUUUUAACUACAUGUACUCCACCGCGCCCUCCCCAAGCCUGAAACCUUCACGAGCUGCCCCGCUGGCAGGGUUUGGCUACGGUCUACCGAUUUCUAGACUCUACGCACGCUAUUUCCAAGGAGAUCUGGUUCUGUACUCCAUGGAAGGGGUGGGCACAGAUGCUGUCAUCUACCUGAAGGCUCUGUCCAGCGAGUCCUUCGAACGACUGCCAGUUUUCAACAAGUCCGCAUGGCGACAUUAUCAGACGGGCCCAGAGGCAGACGACUGGAGCAGCCCCAGUCGCGAGCCUCGCGAUGCCUCCACGUACAAGGCCAACUCAUAGUGGUCGCCAUGGCAAUAGUGUGGUGCCCUCAAGAAUCUACCUUGCUGUGACAGAAUACCCUGCCCCGAUCCCUUUAUCCAAAGGUGUUCACUACUGUUUCCCCUUUUACACUGCACACUAUUCAUUCUGGAGCAGUUUGAGGGAAACAGUGCUCAAGUGCAGUACUGAAACAGUAGGAGUGCAGUUUUAACUUACAGCCUUUAGUCAUUAUCCCUAGAUGCCACACUAUUGACAGCACAAACUGGUGCGACCGCAGCGAGGGUGGUUCUGUAGAGGUGAAAACCACUGCUUUCAUAGCAUCUUUGGGGCUGUCCAAAGUCGAAGUGGACGGAUGUUUCUUCAUUUUCCUGUUGAGCUGUAAUGCACUGUUUCAUAUCAUUUCUUCACUUCCCAUUCUGGGCCUGAUUGGGUCUUCAUGGUGCAGGAACAGAUGUUCUGAGCAAAAGAAAAAGUGUUGCAAGUCCCUCCUUAAGCAAAUGCACAUGGUUAGUACCUUUGCGUUGGAAACUUGUGGUGUUUAUGCAAGAACCCCUGGGGGUCUGCUUCAUAUUUGAAAAUGUGUUGUUACGCUCGUUCUCUGUGUACAGCUGCACUUUCCGGUUGGUUGUCUGUGUGUCUUAUUAGUGGCUUACAAUAUUAGGUUUAUACACAGAGCCUAUUAUGAUGAUUUAACUUACUUAUACGGCAGGGUAAUUUUUACUGUGUGAAUUCAAUGUAAGUACCAAGAUUAAGGGCACGACAGCAGGAAGUAGGAUUUGAACCUGGGUGUUUUGAUGACAAAGUAGUUGCUCUAACUACUAUGUUUAUGUCCCGAGUAGUCUUACAAUUAAUUUGCUGUUUAGUUGAUCCCUUUAUCCAAAGGUGGAAGGGGGCUGUGAUGGUGCAGUGGUGGAGUGCGUUUGGCUGGGUCCUGUUCUCCGGUGGGUCUGGGG